GUGUGUAUACUGUACAUCAUAUAUGCUAUGGUCAAUGAAUGGCCUAAGUGGAACUGCGUUCGGUAUCGAUAUAGAUAUCCUUUGUGUUUGCGAUACAUCUCUUUGGGGAUGUUAGGCGGCGAUUCGCCACUGGCAGGUUCCGUACAAGUACAAGUGCUGAAGUUGCGCUUCCCACUGAUUUGUAAGGUACAAGAAUGGAGAUCACAGGGGGACUUUGAAUUCCUUCCUCUUGAUCUUCCUUUUUGUGGAGGUUUUGUUGGGGACUUGACAUUUGCGGCUAACCUGUGCAUGAUUAUAGGAUUGGAGAGCUCUAACGCCUUUUUUUCAUGGAUCUUCAUCACCCUUGACAUAAUGAUCCGACCCGCGGGGAGGAGGAGGCUGAUCGAUGACUAAACAACAAGCCACCCUUAAUCAUCGCUCGUCACCUUCCCUCUAUAUACGAAAUGAAUUGUUUGGUCGCAUUUCGAAGGGCUCGUUUCGAUCAUGAACAAGGCUUGCCUUUACACUGCAAUCGCUCCAU